UUGAGGGAAUGAGAGAAUGUACACUGAAAAGCAGGACAGGAAAAACAGAGACGGCGGAGGAGAAGACUGUUGAAUGCAGUUGGGCAUCGCAUUCAUAGUCUGACUUUUCGUACCUGUUCGCAGAGCACCAAGCAGCCAAUGAGAACCUGUGAUGGGGCCAACAGUGACACCCAGAGCAAGACAGACCAGAGAUUUCUGACAUGUUGUCGACCCAGAUUGAUGAAAGGAAAAUGAGGGGAGAGAAGACAGACAUAGACUUGCGCCACUGCUUCAGAAAACAAAGAUUAUAUACCGAGGACGUUCAUCCUCCAGUGGCCGAUGUGCCAACAAAAUAUUUUUUAGGUGUUCUGCUGUAAAUAAGAUGUGUGGACCCAGUGUGCAGCUCUAAUCUUAGAGACGGGGGAGGGGACCGAUUCUCCACACACAUACAAAAACCCCUCUGCCAAUCACAGAGAGAAAGAGAGAGAGUGUGAAGGGAGACAGUGGAGAGAGUGAAAAGAGGAAACAGCUCUAGCGGUUAUCAAAGGUGGACAGCACCAAAGCAGAGAGUUACACACAUACACACAAAUUCCAGCACGCACGUUUAAAGACGGUCCAGCCAGCGGAGGCGGAUAACCAACAGACAGAAGCAGAGAGAGACAGACACCUCACAUCUGCAGCCCCAGACCAGAAGAUCUACACUCUAAUUCUCUCCCGACUCCAUCCUAACCUGGACCACAACUGAUAAUAAGAAGAGGGAGUUGUUGGCAACUUCCCUAAAGACGGCAAGAGUGUGGGCAACACAUUAACAUAUAAAAAGAAAGAUAGAGAGAGAGAGCAGGGGAGGACUCCCCUUCGCCCUCUCUCGACCCGGAUCACCGUCAGGCUGGCUGGGACAGCCAUGGCCUUCACCUUUGCGGCCUUUUGCUACAUGUUAACACUCGUGUUAUGCGCUGCCCUCAUCUUCUUUGUCAUCUGGCAGAUUAUUGCAUUUGAUGAGCUGCGCACAGACUUCAAAAACCCCAUCGAUCAGAGCAACCCCACCAGAGCGAGGGAAAGAAUUCUAAACAUUGAGAGAAUUUGCAACCUUCUCCGAAGGCUGGUGGUUCCAGAGUAUUCCAUCCAUGGGCUCUUCUGUCUGAUGUUCAUGUGUGCAGGGGAGUGGGUGACUUUGGGCCUUAACAUCCCCCUGCUCCUCUAUCAUCUGUGGAGGUUUUUCCACCGUCCUGCAGAUGGGUCUGAAGUUAUGUAUGAUCCAGUGAGUGUGAUGAAUGCAGACAUUCUAAAUUACUGCCAAAAAGAGUCCUGGUGCAAGCUGGGUUUCUACCUUCUCUCCUUCUUCUACUAUCUGUACAGUAUGGUGUACGCUUUGGUCAGCUUCUAGUUGAUUAGAUUAAAAGGAUAGAGGACUAUGAAAGGAAGAAGAGAGAAGACAGAACAAAGACAGGACCAUGUUGUGCUCUCCUCUUCCUCAUCCACAGACUUCUCCAGCGCUGACCUUGUUCAGCUCCUCCUCAGAUCUCCUUGGUGGGGAUGGACAACGGACAUUUGAAGAAAAAGCUCAAGAUCAGGAGGCAUUUAUAGCCGUCAAUGCAAAGCUGCCUCAAUUACUGCCAUUAAUAAAUGAAAAGACAUGUGGAAACAUGGACCAAAAGAAAACUAGUGCAAUUGAGAGUGAGAGUAAAUGUUUUGUAACUCCAUUUAAUUUCUCAAGGGCUGCUGAACAUUUCUGCUGCUCAUGGCAACAACCAGUUCUUAAUGUCUGCGAAGAGCCACACGCGUGCUGUUGAGACAAUUACAGAAUACAUUACCUUGAAUUGAAAUCGAGAGGCCAUACAGUUUGUUGCAAUGUCUUUUUGUUUGAAUAACAUUACCCAACCCAACUUUUCAAAGUAUUUAAUUACUGCAAAAUAUUUGCUAUUUCAGUAUUUGUGGUAGGUGUAGGUGCCUAUAAAUUUACCAUCUAUGUAGAAACACAAUAAAUGAUUCAAUUAAUAAAUAGCUCAGUUGUUGCAGUUUGAUCAGGGUAGUUCUAUUAGUGUCUUUAAAGUAAGUAUAGUAUAAUAGUAUAUUUUCUAUGUAGAAUCACAUGGUAAAGUUUACACUGAUAUUUUAAGCAAAUCAACCAAUGAGAUAAAUAUCACAAGCCGGAAAAACUGUUGGUGCAGCGUAACGUCUGAGGAACUUUCAUAAGAGCAACUGAGACUUGAUGUUUUGGGUUCAUCUAUCACGGAUAGAGGCGAGGAUGAACGGUCAAGCAGAACGGACGUUCCUCUGCGAGUUCCUUAAUUAAGAUGGGCAUGCAGGAGAGAUCUGACCCCAACCUCUGCUGGAGUUCAAAUGCUGAAUAGACUGUGACAAAUCAUAAAAGCACGUUUGGAAUGCCAACAGAUGAACUGUAGCAAACAACAGAGGAAGACUCGUUUGAGCGAGUGGGCUGAUGUUGCGUGAGACAGUCAAACACAACAGAGCGUGAUGAAGAUGAUAGGAACAAUCACUGAUAAUGAUUGGACAGCAUCAAGGACAACAAACUGAUGACGAUUUGACCUUGAUGAAGGUCUCACAUCAAACAACUUUUCAGGCAAUCUUAUGUGUUGUCAGACUAUAUACAACAUUUAUCUGAUGCCACUUUGUCCUGUGUUUAUGAGGGCCAUAGGACCACACCCUCAUUUUGCCACACGUUUGGUUCCUGUGUUGUGUUGUGCCCAUCAGUCUGCAAAACAAGUAGAUUAAUGACAAUUAUUUAUCUAAGCCGUGUGUAGUUCUGACUUUGUAGAUUAUUAGAAUUGCAGAAGUUUAACUUUUGAAGCCACAUCCACAGGAAUACGUUUUCAUUUGAAAACUCAUUUUCUAUCGCCAUCCUUUUCCAAAGUAUGCGGUAUGGAAAGCGCUUUUAUCUAGAUGCUUUGUUUUUGGCGAAGGAAAACACCAUUAGGCCACGUCCAAACAAGUCUGUGUUUGUUUGAAUUUGUUUUUAUUUUCUAUUGUCAUUGUUUUUUCAGGAGUCUACGGUAUGGAAAGUGUUUUUAACUAAAUGCUUUGUUUUUGGCAAAGGAAAACGCUGUUAGGCCACAUCCACACCAGUCCAUUUUCAUUUGGCUCUCAUCCACACUGCAAUUUCUUCCAUUUUCUCCCACCGAAAAUUAAGACUUUCAAAAAAUGCUCCCCAUACCCAUAUACUUUGGAAAACAUAGAUGUUAGGAAACUAAAAAAGAGGUUUCAAAUAUAAAUGAAAUACUGUUGACAUGCUUCUCUACACAAGCUAGAACAGAUUCAUUAUGAAAUACCUACGUGGGGGUAUAAUUUCAUUCUCGUACACACACAUUUCAGUAAACAAGAGAGCAAUGUUAUGAUGAUAACACAGUCAGAGUACUUUUUAGCCACACUACCUAUUAGGUUUGAACUCCUGGGCCCUCUUUCCAUCUUUGCUUUGACUUGAUGUACCUAAAAAUGUGAACAUACCCUGGACAAUCGCUAUAAGCACAAAAAAGGAAUGUGGUAACUGAAAGGAACGACUAGGGUCUUUGUUGUAGAUGUCUUCACUGAAUGUCUUUUUGUGAUUUAAUAUUAGUUAACAUGCAGUAUCUACAUAUAAGAGUACCUGCAUGACAAUGACUUUUAUACAUGAUGCAUUAAUGUAUGCUACAGCACCUUUGGUAAAUGUAUGGUCUGUAUUCGGUUGAAUACAGCAUAAUAUCUUAAAUACUCCAAAAGCAAUUCCACAUGUUCUAAUAAAACAAUGU